AUGACAAUAAGUAAUACCCAGAUAGAAGAUGAAGGACUGUAUAGAUGUUAUACAUUGUUUGGAAGUGAGGAAGCAGAACUUACAGUACAAGCGGCAUCCCUCACCACUGAAGAAAUGACUACAGCCACGACAGAAGCGGCAUCCUUCACCACUGAAGAAACGACUACAGAAACCCCAGAAGCGGGAUCUUUCACGACUGAAGGAACUACUCUAGAGACGCCAGAAGAGCCAUCCCGUGUACCGUGUAACUGUUCUGGAUCUGCUGUAGGCAUCGCAGUCUUAGCCAUCCUGUUAGCUGUGUCUAUCAUCACCAACGUCAUUCAAUUCAUUGUGUGGAGAAGACAAGAAACAAUAUCAGGUUUUGAAGCAUCAAAGAAACCUGUUCCUAGAGAAAAAAGAUGCGUAUCCCAUGAGGCGAAUGAGAACAUGGCAUAUGAGAUGAUUCAGACCGGAGAUAGCGCAUACACAGCCCUCAAACUCGGUCCAUCCUACUCCCCCAUCAUUGCUCCUGGAAACGUGACGUUUUUCACUAGACUCGGUUCAAUCGGACGGGGUGAUUUCGGCGAGGUAUGGAAGGGAGAACUCCGCUCGAAUCAAAGUCAAGUAGACGUUGCUAUCAGGCAGAUUCCAGAUCAAGUGACCAAAUCAAGCAACGUUCUUGAAGCUGUCAGUGUACUUUCUGAGCUAGCGGAUCAGCCAAAUGUUGUCACGUGCCUGGGAUAUUGUCAAGAACAAGGUAGCAUUCUGUAUGAGUUCAUCUCUGGGGGUACCCUACUCACCCAUCUACAGACAACGGGGGUGGAGUCCCAACCCACAUACGGCAAUCUCAAACCAAAGGGGGUUCGUCUCGAUGAAGGUAGUCUACUCAACUUGGCUUGGCAAAUUGCAAAAGGGAUGCAAUUUCUUGGAUCUAAGAAGAUCAUCCAUGGAACUCUCUGUGCUCACAAUGUGUUACUAGCUGAUGGAAGGCAAUGCAAGUUAUCAGAUUAUGGACUAUCUUCAUCAUUGUUUAGCGACAAAGAAACCAACAAGAUGGAGUUCGCCUGA